AUGAAGUCUUCAUAACAAUUAAUAUUUGGCUAAGUAAAAUAAUAGAGCCGAAUUUCAUCCUAUUUGAAUUUGUAUGAAUAUAAUGAAUCGAGUGUAAUUGGUAUUUAAUCGCUUCAGGAAACUGAUGUUACAAUCUAAUAUUCCUACUAAACCACCGAGGAAUGCUUCUAUGAUUGUAAGAAUGACUCUGAGUGUCGAAACUCAUUCUGCAUUUGUAGAGAGUAACAAAUUGGAAAUGACUGUCAUUUAGUUUUGGAUAACAUCCAAACCUAAUAUAUGUUUUAGGGAUUUAAAAUGUAUUAUUUAGACAUAAAGUAAUAUUAUAACCUGGAUUAUGUAUUAAAAUUCUAAAGCAACUCAAAAUAUAUAACUUAUUGUAUCAUUGAUAGCAUGAAUCCAAAUUUAAUUUAAUUAAAUGUUAAUAGCAUUUUGAAUAUCACAAAAAGUGAUAUUGCAUCAUGCUAAAAAAAAAUAGAAUCCUUCCAAAAAUAAUUUAAUUAAACUGUUAAUUUCUAUUAUUUAGUUUAUUUUGACAAUUUAGAAAUCACGUAUUUAAACUAAAGCAACGAUGCUGCAGAUGCUUAUUAGUUAAUCAUUAUCUUGACCACCAUAAUUGGUACAUUACUAUUUUUAAUAAUUGUUUGUACUAUGAGAUCAAAAUUUCAAAAAAAAUCAAGAGUUCCAAAAAGGAUAAAUUUAGAACCCAAAAACUUGGAUGAAAAUGCUAUAAUCACCUUAAUGAAUAGAUUCUGUCCAUCAUAAGAAUAUGGUGCCUUGAUUACAAGAUAAAAUAAGUAUUUAGUAUAUGAAAAAUGCUCCAUCUGUUAAGAUACAUAUAAUCAUGGAACUCAAAUUAGAUUAACAUUUUGUGAGCAUUUAUUCCACACACCAUGCAUUGAUAAAUGGCUGGACAACCAUAAAGUAAUAUUUCAAGUUAUUUAACAGUAUUGUCCUGAAUGCCAAAGUCCAUUCGAUUUAAUUAAUAUAAGGAUGCAAUGUAAAAGUCAAAAAUAAUUGGAAAUGCUCUAGUGGAGUUAUAGAAUGGAUGAAGUCAUUAUGAAGAACGAUCCUUUGGUUAAUUAAAGUAAUCAACAUUAAUCCUUCUCUUAAGUUGAAUCAAUCAGAAAUUCUUUGGCUUUCGAAUACCAUAAUUGA